CUCCCAGGUGGUGGGCGGCCAUCUUAGAUGCGUGCAAUUAAGGGCUGUGGUGGGAUUGGCUCCGCGUCUGGGCUCUUCUGCUGCUCCCCACCUACCAGGGCCGGAUUUGGAGCCCUUCCCCGCGGGGCGGGACCUUCUAACCGCUGACUCAGGUGAAGGGUAACCUGGUUAUGUUGGGAUUUUGAGCGAACCUCCACGCUCCUUCCAAUGCGACUCCAGGACAGGCUCUACAUCCUCCGUGACUCGCCCUAGGCUGAAGAAACAUUUAAAUUCUGGGGAUAGCGACUCAGUAUCAUGGCCGGCAGCCCUAAUGAAGAUCCAGAAGGAAGCAGAAUAACUUAUGUGAAAGGAGACCUUUUUGCAUGCCCCAAAACAGACUCUCUAGCCCACUGUAUCAGUGAGGAUUGUCGAAUGGGCGCUGGGAUAGCUGUACUCUUCAAGAAGAAAUUUGGAGGGGUGCAGGAACUGUUAAAUCAACAAAAGAAAUCUGGAGAAGUGGCUGUUCUGAAGAGAGAUGGGCGAUAUAUAUAUUACUUGAUUACAAAGAAAAGGGCUUCACACAAGCCAACUUAUGAAAAUUUACAGAAGAGUUUAGAGGCCAUGAAGUCCCAUUGUCUGAAGAAUGGAGUCACCAACCUCUCCAUGCCCAGGAUUGGGUGUGGUCUUGAUCGUCUGCAAUGGGAAAAUGUGUCUGCAAUGAUUGAGGAGGUAUUUGAGGCAACAGACAUCAGAAUUACUGUGUACACACUCUGAACAGAUGAGCAUUUUGGAUGUGUCCCAUGUUUUCCUCUGUCAUCCCUACUGGGCCAUAGGACUGGGCAAACUGACCUUAAAAUUGUCAAAAGAAAGUUUCAUGUGCAGUAGUCUAUGUCAUAGGCCAGGCUUGGUUUCUGUCGUCUCAUAAUCGGGCUGGGACUCUGAAAGAGGAAUUGCUUGGGAAAUGUUGCUGUGAUUUUUUUUUUUUCCCAGGAAGGUAGGUAAUAGAUAGCCUGAUACUAGAUAGGGAAACAGAUGAUCCCUGUUUUGUUCCAGGAUGUUACCUGAUUUGUUUGGCUUGCCACUAUGUGGCAGCAUUGAUUCUACUUCUCUGCUGUUUAAGAGAAAUUUCAGGAAGGAUGACCAUUUUAAUUUUGCAUCUGUUAUUAUUUGUGCAUUUACUUGGUAUUAUCCCUAUGUCAUGAAAUUCAUCAUAGAGAAUUUUGAGGGUUUUUUUUGUUUGUUUAAACUACAAAAAUGGUUUUUUACAUUGUUAACAAGGAAUUUGUGACAAAAACGAGAAAAUAAAUAUCUUUUUCUUGGGCUCCAGUGGGGUUCUCUGUACA